CGCUUGUAAACAGAGAGCCGGGCGGAGAAGGUCUGCGGCCAGACGGGCUGUCAGGGGAAGGCGGGCGGUUACCGGAGCCAAGCCCCAGCCAGGAGUAGACUGCAGGCCUCGCAGGUGAAAGGAAAGAAGCAGCCGCAGCCAGGAAAUUAAGGAUUGCUGUGGCAUUGCUUUGACAAGCACUUCCUGUGGUCUUUAGAGAGAUCUCACCGAAGAAUAAUCUCAGUAUCUUUGUUAAUGGCCAGAAUCAGCUAGCAAGUGCUUUUAACAACUGGGAAAACAUCCACUGCCCUGUGCCCAGCCUGCUCCAGGCAGCUCCAUGAAGGCUGCUUCCAGCUGUUCCCAGAACUCGGUUGCCCAAAGCCGCUUGGAUGGAUGAACGCUCAUGAAGCCCUUUCCUGAACUGGCUUAGGAGGCUCAGGCCUCUUGGAGGCUGCACCAUGGAAGCUUUGGAAGUGGAUGAUAUCAGCCCAGCCUUGGAAGUUACUGAGGAUUUCUUCAGUACUUUCGAUAAUAAGCUAGAGAAGUCUGUGCAACAAGCGGAGGUGUAUGGGAUUCAGGAGGUCCCUGAACUGGUGGGGCAUGAGGUACUCAGUAACCUAACAGACAAUGGUGCUAUCAGAAAUGUCGCCUCCAUGGGCAAGGGGGGCAUGAUUUGGGACCCCUAUAAGACCAGGCUCUUAGAAACCAAAGCUCAAAAUGUCUUCCCUGCCAAAGAACAGUUUAUGGUCCAGAAAGGGACAGCCCCAGAUAAUCUUUCUUGGAUGGAACAAAAGGAAGUGUCCACCUUUAAUUUUUUCAAUGUCUGUCAGCGUCGGAAGGACAGACCUCGUUCUGUGAAUGACUUAUUGGAUGAGACGUCGACUUUUAAGCCAGGGCAUGCUCGAUCAAGGUCAGAUAUUACCCAAAUGGACUGGCGGGUGAUCCUCAAAACCAUGCCUUUGCAGCAGCAGCAGCAGCAGCAGCAGCAGCUGCCGCCGCCGCCACAGCUGCCAUCUCUUCAGGGCCCUCACUUCACCAGGCCGUCUCUUCUGCCAUCUUCCCCAAAUAAGGUAGAAGAUGCUCAAGGAAAUACCGAACACAAGCAGGCAUUCCCAAACAUUCUGAAGAAGGGUUACCUGGAGAUUAGAAAGGACCAUGACAGUUACUGGCAAAGCUGCUACGCGGAACUCUCCCCCUACAACUUGUACUUCUACAGCCUGGACAGCAGCGGGAAUCAAAGCCUCUAUGCCACGUACCAGCUUUCACACUUCCAGAGCAUAUCUGUUCUGGGCAACCUCGAGGCCAGGUUGGUGGACACUGUUCUGUAUGACAACACUCAGCUACAACUAAAGGCAGAGUCUCCGUGGGAGGCUUUGGACUGGGGACAGAAGCUCUGGGAGGUCGUACAUGCCGCCGUGCCUGGGUACAUGGGACGGCAGGAUGAGCUGGCCAACUCACCGGGCCUUGGCUGUCCUGGGGCCUAUACACAGAAUCACUGUUUACAGAGGAAAUGCGGUGAGCUGCUCGCACCGUGCCCUGGCUCGGAUAACCCCACACGGUACGAGAACAUCCUCAGGUCUGGGACGCUGUACAGGCUGACUGUGCAGAACAACUGGAAGGCCUUCACGUUCGUGCUGAGCAGCGCCUACCUCAUGGCCUUUCAGCCCGGCAAGCUGGACGAGGACCCCCUGCUCAGCUACAACGUGCACGUGUGUCUGGCUGUCCACAUGGACAACCUGGACGACUGCGACUCCUGCUUUCAAGUCAUUUUCCCCCAAGAUGUGCUCCGCCUCCGUGCUGAGACCCGACAGAGGGCUCAGGAGUGGAUGGAGGCUCUGAAGACAGCUGCCAAUGUGGCGAGGAGUUCGGAGCAAAACCUGCAAGUCACACUGAGGAACAAGCCCAAGGACCAGACGGGCGAGCUCAGGAAGAACAAACGUCAGUCCGUGACCACUAGCUUCCUCAGCAUUCUGACGACUUUGUCUUUGGAACGGGGACUCACUGCUCAGAGUUUCAAAUGUGCAGGAUGCCAGCGAUCCAUAGGCCUUUCCAAUGGGAAAGCUAAGGUGUGCAAUUACAGUGGGUGGUAUUACUGCAGCAGCUGCCACGUGGACGACAGUUUUCUCAUCCCAGCACGCAUAGUCCACAACUGGGAUACUUCAAAAUAUAAGGUGUCUAAGCAGGCCAAAGAGUUUCUGGAGUACGUGUAUGAAGAGCCGCUGAUUGAUAUCCAGCAGGACAAUCCCAUGCUGUACCGACACGCCGAGCCGCUGGCCACCGUGGUCCGGCUGCGGCAGCGGCUCAAAUCGCUGCGAGCCUAUUUGUUCAGCUGCCGGGCAGCAGUGGCGGAGGAUUUGCGCCGCAGAGUUUUCCCCAGAGAAUACCUCUUUCAACAGAUCCACCUGUAUUCCCUCGCUGAUCUACAGCAGGUGAUAGAGGGAAAGCUGGCCCCGUUCUUGGGCAAGGUCAUUAAAUUUGCCACCUCACACGUGUACAGCUGCAGUCUUUGUAGCCAGAAGGGGUUCAUCUGUGAAAUCUGUAACAAUGGAGAGAUCCUCUACCCUUUUGAGGACAUUUCAACAAGCAGGUGUGAAAGUUGUGGAGCCGUUUUCCAUUCUGAGUGCAAAGAAAAGUCUGUCCCCUGCCCAAGAUGUGUCCGCCGAGAGCUGCAGAAGAAGCAGAAGUCGUUCUGGCGGAGGCUGAACAUGGACGAGAGCCUGGAGGAGGCUUGCAACAUGUUUGAGCUGUCCUACCAGAACACCUGACGCGGCAGGAGCCCAAGGCCAGGGACUGACCUCUCAGUGAUCCAUCAGCCCCAGUGGCUUCCUAACUAGCCAGUUAGACCCCUUUGGAAGAAAAGGAUGUCUCAUCUUCAGCUAGAUAUAGAUAUAUAUAUUUAUAUAUAUAUGUACACACACACACACCUGUACGUAUGUUCCGUAAAGUCAAUGUCUAAAAGGUCCAUGGAGGUUCUGUGGCUCAUAAAACUACCAAUAGCUGAGUUACAUUUAGCUGUGAAUUUCAGCUGCUAGCUCCCAAGCAAAACGUGGUUUACACACAAUGCUUUAUGAUUCAGACUGUCUCUCUCUCUUUUUUUUUUUUUUGGCUCUCAGGGGCCAUUUUAUUACACAGGACACAGGAGGAUUCCUCCUGUGUUACUUUUGUUAUUUAUUUUUAGCCUUCACAGAGGAUGAGGUAACUGAGGCAAGCACCCAUCACCAUCUGUCGCAUAAGAAAAUCUUCAAAAUCCAGGAAUGACUUUUGGAUCCUUCCAGGACCUGGUGUCCCUGGCGCUCUCACCUCAGUUUCUUCUGGAGAGGUGGCAUCACCUACACUGAGCCGAUUGGCUUGGCGACCAGGAGCGCAAGCUCCGUCUGACAGGAAGCACGCACGCGUAAUUUACCGGGAGAGCUAAUUCUGCUUUUGAAGUUACUGUCAGAAAAGGUUUUUUCCUUGAGAAAAGAAGAGACCUCUGUGACCAGUUCCAGCUUGCUGUUGCUCUAUGUUCUGGGACGAAUCCCAGCUCCGCCUCAUGAUACAACACUCUGCCAUACUUGCCAGGUUGUAAACAUGGCUGUCUUACGAGCAGUUUUCCAGGGGUUUCAUGGGUGAUAUUUAUGAUUUUUUUUUUUAAUGGUGCUGGCCUGAGGAAAUUUCCUAGGAUUGUUGUUAAAUACAUCGGUUUGUAGACGAGGAAGAUUAUAUAGUGCAUACAUCCAAGAGAUGAUCUUAUAAUUUCUUUUCACAGAAUCUUGUGUAGGCAACGCCUACCUAUUCAUUUUAAAUGCUUUAUUUCUCAUUGUUCUUCAUUGCACUUUCAUUUUGACCUUUGUCAAUUUAACCACUUCUACUGUAAUUUUAUUUCCUACUUUCAUAUUUUUAAUUGUUUUUUUAAAAAAAUCAGAGUAACCUGGAACUUCAAAAUACCAACUUUAGACUAUUAAGAAAAUACCAAACUUACAAAUAUAAUGAAUUAAAUCUAAUAUUGUUUAAAUAAAUAUAUGUACACAUAUAUAAUUGCCACCUUAAAAUAAAACACAAAGUGUAAAAAUAAUAUCGUAGGAAUAAGAACUAUAACAAAUUGCUUAGCCAUAUGGCAGGACAGGCUUCUCCCCCUGCACUGCCCUUUUAAGAGCCAGCGUAGGGAUCACUAUGAUGGAAACGGCAGAGCGAAUGGCACUGGAAAUCAUGGCUCCCACUGCUUCCACCUUAACUCUUUCCAGAACAGAGAAAUAAGCUUAUAUUGAAACAAUGCUCAAUAGGCUGUAUGAGAAGAUUGUGUGUGUAUGUUUCCACUCAGCAGAUGCCUCCAAUGCCUUCAUGGUUCGGUACUUUCGCUGCUGUUAGGAGCCGGAGAAUCGGUGGCUCACAGACUCCAUGGUACAUUUAACCCCAUUGCUCCCCCCGCCCACCCAUGCCUUGCUCCGUCCACAUCCCAGUCAUGAUACUUCCGUCCAUUUAGAGACGUGACAUUUCGGACUGACUUUUGUGCAGACUGUUAGGUGUAAGCAUUUUACCUCUCAACGCAUGCCAGUUCCGUUGGCCCCAGACCACACAUUUCCACUUAAUAGCUCAGCACCACACAUGCAUUUAUUUUCUGAUUAUACAAUAGCUGUAACCAAGGCAUGAAAACUUGUUAAGAGGCUAAGGUCCCAUUCAUGAGACGCCUUACGCUGCUUUUUACUCUUGGAAAAACAGGUUAAUUUCCCCCCACUCUAGUUGUAGAGAACGUUGCACACAGAAGAAAAAGGGUGGAAAAUCUCAAACAAGCGCUUGGCAAACAAAUUUGAUCAUCUCCUCUUUCCUCCUCCCCUCCGUGAAAUACAGUAUUUAUAUUUUUCCGCCUCAAAGAAGAUAGCAGAACAGGAUCUUUCAUAAGAGAAUUACAGAGCUGCUUAUUAUAAAACAGGUGUGCCCCUAUGGCAAAGUGCCUUUUCCCUCACCCCCUGCUCCCUGUCACUGUAGCUUACUUCUGCCUUCGCUAUAAUUUAUGUACCUGUGAUUCCAGCUGUCAGCGAGGCCAUCCCUAGCACACUGCAUUUGGAGACCUGAGUACAAGGCUGUCUCCUCCCUUUCUGGGAUGCUUGCUCUGUGUACAGAAUUUCCUGGCCCACCUCACGGGCACCCAGGGUCAGACCUCCCGAGAGUCAGGGUGAAAUUCUGGAUCACUGUUCUAAAAGCCUUUGUUGCCACCAGUGCCCAUUUCAAGGGCCUUGCUAAAUACUGGCAGUCCCUGUGGACUUCUACGGAGAACUUUCCACUCACAUCAUUUUCUGCUUAUUUUCAGAAGGGAAAGUGUUAGAUGUGCUACCAUCAUCAGCUGCCCAGAACUGGAACUGUGUCCCAGCAGCUUCUGCUUUCUCUCCUUCGUGUAUAUCCCUGACAGCCUGCUUGAUGCCGGCCGCAGGCCUACGCAACACUCUCAGCCACCACCACCAAAACCCGAUAGGACAGAACGGAGCCAGCUUUGGAGCUGGGUUUGCCAUGAAAAUUCAAAAUUGCUGUUUUCAGCCCAGAAUGCCUUUGAGCACAUGAAGGCCCUCACUGUUUUCAACCCUAACAAAUUACUUGGUGCACAGUUAGGUAAUUGUUCCACUGCUUAGAAACUGUCGAAACAAAAGCAAAUCUGUGGAUUACCACCUCCGUAAAACCAGGCUAAUACCUGGUUUCCCUCAUGUUCCGUUUUUCAUCCCAUAUUAAAUAUCUUGCACAUAAAGCACAUGAGAAAAUGGUCAAUUAAUCUCCUAGAGCUGGCAGCCAAUUCAGGGGAAACUCUUUUAACAUGAAAGGCCCAUUUCCUGGUGUAUCACUUGAGGGACUCCCUCCUCACAGUGCCAGAAACUCAUGUGUGAGACAGUCCAAUCCUGGCAAAAUGUUGGCACCUAACCCUGCCGUAGAGGAGCCAGUUCCUAAAAUAGACCUCAGUUUGCACCGCUGUAGGAAGGCCACAACGUACUUAAAAAUCAGUCAACUGGAAUGCAAGCCGUGUUCUUUCCGGAGCUGCUUUUUCUUAAAUUUGAAAGUCUCUUUAUAUGAAAACCCAGUAAACACUCCUCUUCCCCCUUUGCUUCAAUGCCGUUUCAGGGGCCUGCUUUAUAAUCAUUUUCGUGUCUGUAGUGCUAAAGGGUAAUCAUUUUAGGAUCUUUAGUAUUUGAUUAACUGAGGGUAAUCGCUCUUUGAUUGUUCUAGACCAGGCUUCCACCCAAAAGGGAAUAUUGCUAGCACUUGGGAUUUGUGGCUUCCAACCAACUCAGUGGUAUCCUUCAGACUCCUGCAAAGGGGCUGUGCCGUGAUUUCAUUCCGGCUGCUGUGAGAACCGAGGUGUUUAUAUCACUCUAGCUGUCGCAGGCAGCCUUUGCUAAGCUGGAGGGAGUUCCCUUGGGUGGGGUCUGGCCUCUGUUUUUGUCUCUGCAUAUGUGCACACUCAUUGACAUUGGAUAGUUUCUUCCUGUGCCUCCCUGAAAAGGCUUGGCUUCCAAACCUAUGGGUUUGUUCUGAACCCACUGGCCAGAAAAGGCCGUAUCUAAAUUACCGUAUCAGGGUGGGAACAGCGUGAUGUCACACUGAACCCUUUCUGCAAAGGGAGCAUUAUCUGGGGAAGCCAAGAUGCAUUCUGCUCCUACUUUAGGGUAAAGCUGAUGCCGCUGUUCAUGUUUGGGCAGAAUCAUUCCUCUCCAUGGAGCUGGCGCACUUUAUCAACAUAACUUGAUAGUGAAGUAAAUCUUCACCUCCUGACUCUAAUACUGCCUCUCGGAGUCAACCCAAAGGUUAUUUUAUUUCAGCUUAUAUUUUUACUUCUCCCAAUAAAGAGAGAUGCAUGCAAUUUCCCCCCCUAUUAUUUCUUGAGUUUUCUGCCUCACUGCUUUUCUUCCUCGAAGUUAAUGUGAAAAAGUAGAGAAGGUGAGGCAAGACUGAGAAAAACGAACACCUCCCCCCUUGGCGUGAAUUGAGUCGUUAGACGUACUCUGUUUUCCUUUCCUUGGCACUUGGGCAUUCGGAGCUUCGUGUAUGCGCCUUGUACCAGUCUUCCCACCCUGAGACUAGCAGAACUAAUUGCUCUAGGUUGAACCCAGUAAUGGGUGAGUAAGCCCUGCUCAGUUAAUCUAAGCAGACAAAUGUAGAUUUCUAUCAUGUGGGGACAGUGUUUUGACAGUUAAGUCCCAGCACCCAGCAGCUUUCUUAUUGGCGGACAAUUCUAAUUUCAUUGUAGUCAAAAGUCUCUAACUUGAUGGCUUUCCUUUAGUGUGUUUUAGUGGCGUUUGGUGUUUUAGUGAGAUUUUACUUGAACAGAUAAAAUCCAAGUCAUUGUUAAACUCUAGGUAAAAGUCAAAAGAAAUGUGUGGAAUACCCUCUGAAGCACACCUGUGGUGGUCAGAGGUUCUAUUGAAAAUGGGUUCCAAAGGAUCAGGUUAUGUGGCACUUUCCUCAUAAAGUGGCCUCCGGUGUGAUGGAAGGCAUGGUUAAGCUCCUGUUAAACUCAAGGGAAAAGACAACUGCUGUUCUGCUUUGGUUCCUCCCUGUGGAAAGAGAAGCCAUCUUGUUAGAAAGGUCUGGACUGACGCCAGUUGUUGUCAGGUAGAAGAUUCAGGCGCCUACAGCCACUCUUAGCACCGGGAAGCUUCCCUACUACUGGCCGUAGAGCUGCAGACCAGCCUCCCUCCCCGUCCCUUGACCUGCCUUGCUUCUCGCCCUGAGCCCUAGCCCAGAUUCAGGCCUCAUGGCUAGUAACCCAGCUGGUGGACAACGGGGGCCUGUGGCUCCUUCUCCACACUGGCCAGCCCAUUCGUUUCUUUUCCCCAUAGGAGUGCCUUAUAGAACUGCCUAGUGCUUCUAGUCUAGUCUGCCUGACCCACUUGAAGCCUGCAGGACCCUUCGCCUACACAUGGAUCACUUUACUUCUUCCCUACUGGCUGUUCUUUAUAUAGAUCACUUGGAGCCUGCAUAUUCCAUAUGCAUGUCAGACCUUUCACCUUUGUUUAACCUGGUGCCUUAACCUUAUAAGUAAAACAAGGAUGCCUGUGGGAAACACAUCGUUAAAGUAAAAUGGCAGAAACAUUGGCUUCUUAGCUCCAUUGACACUUUUACCAGGAAAUACAAAAGAUGCAAACCGUAUCAUGUUUUAACUUUGUUUUAUGCUGUUUUUUUAAAUCACUCUUUUUGUUUGCUGCUUGCUUGCUUUCAUUAGCCAAACUCAGGGGAAUGUCAUGAUGUCACCAAAGCCCAUAGGUAGAGAAAUUAAACCAGAUAUCCAGAUUUGAAUCUGUAAAAUCAGUCAAGUUAGCCUUUUCCAGCUUAUGAAAUUACACAAAAUAAGGAUUUCUUUUUCCUCUUGUAUAAAAAUUUUCUUUUUAUUGUGUCACCUGUUUUCUAAGUGGGAAAUUGGAUGCCCCUUGGAUGAAGUGUGAUAAAAACAUUUCGGUGUAGGCAAUUCACCGAUCUAUUAAAUUAGGCUUUCCCUUCUGGAGGCCUUGGUUCUGAUUCUGGUCACCUAUUCGAAUUUAAUUGUGAAUAGCGAACAGCCUACUGUAGAAAAUUUAAGGAAGAAAAAAAUAUCUGUCUUUAAGGAACGGUAAACAGAGGGAAAAUGCUGAGGUGGCAAAUGAAGAGCAGUGAACACGGAGAUGCAGAAGACUUCUGCAUAACCUGUUAUUUCACUCCCGAGGCAGAUCUGUGUCGUUUUCCCUUAUUUCUGCUCAUGUACUACAGAAUUGACUAAAAUUUGGGAUUUGGGCUAGUUUAUCACUCUGUGUUGAGCUAUUUGGAAUAACUAACAUGCUAACUUAUGUAUGUGUCAUUUCCGUUUUGGCAUAACUUAGCCAUAUUUUUGUUUACAUCAUUUUUGAAAUAUCAGUUACUAUAAUAACAUAAAAUGAAGUUUGUAUUGUUGACAAGACCCCCUGGUUUUUAUGGUCAUCUGUCAUAUAAUUUAAGUGCACCAGUUCCUAAUGUAUAAAGUUGUCUUUCCCUCAAUAAACAACGCAG